AUGAUUAAUGCGUUUCUGGUCUUUAACGGCCAGGGCCAGCCGCGGCUGACCAAGUUUUACACACAGCUGGACACGAGCAUCCAGCAGCGCCUCAUUUCCGAAAUAUUCACCCUUGUGUCGAACCGCCCCGCGAGCUCCUGCAACUUCCUCCCGCUUCCGCCCCUCCUCGCUGCCUCGGGCACAGCGCACGGCUCGUCCGAGGAGCAAAACGACGUGCCGUCGCUCGUCACCUACCGCAACUACGCGACGCUCUACUUCAUCGUCAUCUCGACGUCGACCGAGUCGCCGCUGGCCCUCAUCGACCUGAUCCAGGUCUACGUCGAGGCGCUCGACAAGCUCUUUGAGAAUGUCUGCGAGCUGGACCUCAUCUUCAACUUUGAGACGCUGCACGCCGCGCUGUCCGAGAUGAUUAUUGGCGGCGUCGUCAUCGAGACGAGCUUGGAUCGCAUCGUCGCAGGGGUCAGGGCGCAGGGUACGGUGGCCAAGAGGCCGGUCAAUGAGGGACGGAGCGCCGGGUUGGGAUCGGGGCUGAGUAUUGGCAUGGGCGGCAACUUUGGCUGGGCUGGGCGAUGA